AUGGAUACAUCGAGGUUCCUGGCGGUUCUGACACUGUGUCUGCAGGCUGCUUCUGCUGCUACCCUGGGAGUUGUGUCCACAGAGGGGGGGAUGGUGGAGGGGAGGAAUCAUCGCCUGGGUCUCUUCCGCUCAGUGGACAUCUUUAAGGGGAUCCCCUUCGCUGCUCCGCCAGGGCGAUUUGAGAAGCCUAAACCGCACCCUGGGUGGUCAGGUGUGCUGAAGGCCACCAAAUUUCGGGAGAGGUGUCUGCAGGUGACCCUGCUGCAGACGGGCACCCAGGGCAGUGAAGACUGCCUGUAUCUCAACAUCUGGGUUCCUCAGGGACGCACAGUCUCCACUGGUCUGCCUGUCAUGGUCUACAUAUUUGGGGGUGCAUUCCUGCUGGGGGCCUCCAACGAUGUCAGCUUCAUGGGGAACAGUCUGUAUGACGGAGAGGAGAUUGCCGACAGGGGCAAGGUCAUUGUGAUCACUGUCAACUACCGAGUGGGCACCCUGGGCUUCCUCAGCACCGGGGAUGCCAGCGGGCCUGGGAACUAUGGCCUGUGGGACCAGCACGCUGCCAUCUCCUGGGUCCACAGGAAUAUAAGGGCGUUUGGAGGAGACCCCAGCAGCAUCACCAUCUUCGGGCAGUCAGCAGGGGCUGCGAGUGUCAGCUUCCAGAUGCUGUCUCCCUAUAAUAAGGGUGUGAUUCGUCGGGCGAUCUCGCAGUGUGGGGUGGCGCUGAGCCCCUGGGCGUUGCAGAAGAAGCCGCUGGCUUUAGCUCAGAAGGUGGCACAGACGGUUGGCUGUCCCACGCAGGAGGGCAUGAUGGGAUGUCUGAAGAUCACUGACCCUGUGGCCCUCACCAAAGCGGGGAAGCUGGCCCUGGAGGAGCUGGGAGACGGCCCGGUGGUCUUCUCCCUGGAGCUGUCCCCUGUGGUGGAUGGAGACUUCAUCCCUGACCUCCCAAGCAGACUCUUCCACAACACCGCCCACAUCGACUACAUCGCCGGCACCAAUGACAUGGACGGACACCUUUUUGCUGGCAUGGACGUCCCGUCAAUCAACCAGAAUAACAAGCCCACCUACCCUGAGGACAUCAGAAGGCUGCUGGCUGGGCUGACCGCAGAGAAGGGUGAGCCGGCUCUGAACUCCUCCUACAGCACCUACACACGAAGCUGGGUCCCCCAGCCUGACCAGGACACCAUCAAGAAGACUGUGGUGGACAUCGAGACAGACUACCUCUUCCUUGUGCCGACGCAGACUGCCCUCUACCUGCACGAGAAAAACGCCAGGGGUGCUCGCUCCUACUCCUACGUCUUCUCCAUGCCGACCCGAAUCCCUGGCUUCCCCCGCUGGAUGGGGUCCGACCACGCCGAGGACGUGCAGUACGUUUUCGGGAAACCCUUCUCUACCCCCCUGGCCUACCUCCCCCGGCACCGUGACGUCUCUGCAUACCUUAUUGCUUACUGGACCAACUUUGCCAGAACCGGUGACCCUAACCAAGGUGAGUCCCAAGUUCCUGCCACCUGGCCCGCCUUCACCAGCUCAGGACGCCAUUACCUGGACAUCAACAACAAGAUCAGCAAGGACUCCGUCAAGCGUGAGCUCAGAACACGCUUUGUACACUACUGGACGUCCACCUACGCCAGCCUGCCCACACCCUGCCCCUAA